AUGGGGCAGCAGUUCAGCUGGGAGGAGGCGGAGGCGGCCGGCGAGAUGGACGUGGCGGAGCUCCAGGAGUGGUACAAGAAGUUCGUGGUGGAGUGCCCCAGCGGCACGCUCUUCAUGCACGAGUUUAAGCGCUUCUUCAAGGUCACCGGCAAUGAGGAGGCCACCCAGUAUGUAGAGGGCAUGUUUCGAGCCUUCGACAAGAACGGGGACAACACCAUCGACUUCCUGGAGUACGUGGCAGCCCUGAACCUGGUGCUGAGGGGCACCCUGGAGCACAAGCUGAAGUGGACCUUCAAGAUCUAUGACAAGGACCGCAACGGCUGCAUCGACCGCCCGGAGCUGCUCGACAUUGUAGAGGCGAUUUACAAGCUGAAGAAAGCCUGCAGGGUGGAGGGGGAGGCCGGGCAGCAAGGCCAGCUGCUCACGCCGGAGGAGGUCGUGGACAGGAUCUUCCUCCUGGUGGAUACGAACGGAGACGGCCAGCUGUCUCUGAAUGAGUUCAUCGAAGGCGCCCGCCGGGACCAGUGGGUGAUGAAGAUGCUGCAGAUGGACGUGAACCCGGGCGGCUGGAUCUCCCAGCAGAGGCGGAGAAGCGCCAUGUUCUGA